GUCUCCCCCCCGCUCCAACGGCGACAGGUCCUACUGUGGAGUGCGUGCUUGCUGCGACCCGGGCGACGUGGUGUAGUGGUGCGUUGCCUUUUUUUUUUUUUUUUAUUUAUUUACCCGAACGGGGAAGUUUGUGACUCCGUCUAGACUGCUUUUCUCGCCGCUUCUCUUCUUUUCCUCCCGUUGUUUUGGUUCCUCAUCUUCCUCAUCAACUUCCGGUCCCUCGUAGUUGAUGGUCGGGGGCGGCCACUUCCGGAUCUUUUUCUACAGUUGGCAAUUUCCGUGUCGCCGUAAUCGUCGUCGCUCCUAUUUCUCUCCGGCUUGGACUUAUUCACGAUGCGGCGGGUGCCAGUGGGUGCUAUCGCGCCUUAGUGGCGCUCUGACCCUCGCGACGAAAAAACGGUCCGUUUAGCUCGCUAACGUUUUGUCGAGGCCCACACCUUUUUCUUUGUUUUUCUCUCUUUUUUGACAUUCUUCGUUUCUGAACUUUUUUUUUUCCCCUUUUCUGUUUUCACGACCGCUCGGGAUCGGCCGGACGGGUGGAUAGGCCUAGUAUUUUGGCACUCGCUAAGAAGGACAGUUAUAUUCCGCGCAGUGUUGUCCCUCUUCUCUCUUAUCCGCGGUUCCCUCUCCACGCAGCGAUUACGUUAGCUUUCUCCCUCUCCCUCUCGUUCUGGUGAUCGUUUUCUGCUCGAUCCCGUUGCCUGCGUCGUCGCCGUUCCUUGUCCGUCGCCGUGCCGCGCGAGGAGACGUGCUGUCAGCCGCGCUCUCCCCCUGAGACCUAUCAUCUUCCGGUUUGGUGGUGCGGCGCCGAGUGUUGGGUCCGCGACGUGUUCUGCGGUGCGCUGCGAUGUCGUCGUCGUCGUCGGCGGUGAUGCCGGUCCCUCGAGGAUCCGUCUGAACUUUGUGGGGACAGCCUGCUUUGCUGCGUGGUCGCUGCUGUGCUCCCGCCGCCUCCGCCUCCGUGCGGACGCCACACGACGCAGACAUGGUGCUCCGGCCGAACAACGACUCCAACGCUGCGCGCGGUGAGGUGUUGCCCGAGUCAUCGAGCAGCAUGGCCAUUCCGCGACUGCCCACGCCGCCCCCGCAGAGUGAGGUCAACACGCCCGUGGCCGAGAGCUGGUGCUACACUCAGGUGAAAGUGAUCAAGUUUUCCUACAUGUGGACCAUUAACAACUUCAGCUUCUGCCGAGAAGAGAUGGGUGAAGUGCUCAAGAGCUCCACCUUCUCAGCCGGAGCCAACGACAAGCUCAAGUGGUGCCUGCGGGUGAACCCCAAGGGCCUGGACGAGGAGAGCAAGGACUACCUAUCGCUCUACCUUCUGCUCGUCUCCUGCAACAAGAGCGAGGUCCGAGCCAAGUUCAAGUUCUCCAUCCUCAACGCCAAGAGAGAGGAGACCAAAGCAAUGGAGAGCCAGCGGGCAUACCGGUUUGUGCAGGGAAAGGACUGGGGCUUCAAGAAGUUCAUCCGGCGGGACUUCUUGCUCGAUGAGGCCAACGGGCUGCUGCCCGACGACAAGCUCACCCUGUACUGCGAGGUGAGCGUGGUGGCAGACUCCGUGAACAUUUCUGGUCAGAACAACGCCAUCCAAUUCAAGGUGCCCGAGUGCCGUCUCUCGGACGACUUUGGCCACCUCUUUGAAAGCCAGAAGUUCAGCGACGUCAUCCUCAGCGUCAACGGCAGGGAGUUCUACGCUCACAAGGCCAUUCUCGCUGCGCGGUCCCCUGUGUUUGCGGCCAUGUUUGAGCACGAGAUGGAGGAGAAGAAACAGAACCGUGUGGAGAUCACGGACAUGGACCACGAGGUGUUGCGGGAGAUGCUGCGCUUCAUCUACACGGGGCGGGCACCCAACCUGGACAAGAUGGCCGACGACCUCCUGGCUGCUGCCGACAAGUAUGCCCUGGAGCGGUUAAAAGUGAUGUGCGAGGAGGCACUCUGCUCGAACCUGUCUGUAGAAACGGCGGCCGAAGUUCUCAUCCUGGCCGACAUGCACAGUGCAGACCAGCUCAAGGCGCACGCCAUCGACUUCAUCAACACGCAUGCCACGGACGUGAUGGAGACUGCAGGCUGGAAGACCAUGAUCCACCGGCAGCCCCACCUGAUCGCAGAGGCCUUCCGAGCACUGGCCACGCAGCAGAUCCCACCCAUUGGACCGCCCCGCAAGCGGAUCAAGCAGUCCUAGGGCCGCCACCCGCUGCACGGAAGCCCGGCCAGUGCCCCCCUGCCUCGACCGACCGACCAAUUGGCCCGUCGACCAACGUCCCUUUCCUCAGGAGCCAAAGUGAAUUCCCUUCGCGUACCAAGCGUGGCAGUGAUAAGACGUGCGGGCGACGAGAGCCGUGGCGACGCCGCUUCUCGGCUUCCCCGGUCCGAGCCUUUUUUCUCUCGUUUCUCGUCUGUACAAAAAAAAAAAAAAAAGGCAAAGUGCGACGGAUUUUUUUUUUUUUUUUUUUUUUGCUGCUUCUCAAAGUUGGUCUUCUUCGGCGGAUCCUGCCGAAGCUCCAAAAUGCCGGGGGCGCUCCUGUCCCGGUGCCGCAGCGUUCCCCGGCUGGGACGAGGGCAAGGGCGCGCAAAGUCAAACCGUCGCUCGGCACCUCUCGAGAACGACGCCACCUGUGAUUCCAAACACCGGACGGAUUCGGUCGUCGGCCACAAACUUUUUCCGAGGAAUUUUUUCUCGUUGUGAAGAAAGGGGGAAGGGGGGUGGGUUGGGGGGAAAGAGGACGUCCUCUUGGUGUGACGGAGAGGAGCGAUCCAAGCCAGGAAGCCAAAAGCGAAGGAUGUCGCCGUCUCGGAAGAAUGAGGGAAAUGACGCGAACGAGAGUUCUCUCUCUCUCUUCCCAGUGGGAAAGAAGCUGUGCAAGUGGAGCUUGUGUUGCGCAUUUGUGGGGGUGUGCGUCGUGGCAAAACUGGAGCAAGAAAGAAAGAAAAAAAAAAAAGGACUGCUUGAGGAAGAGUGAGAACUGGAGUUACCUUGUUUUUUUUUUUGUUUAUUCCCACGUGCGCGUUUGGGAACCUCCCUUCCUUCGAGCACACCAAAACUGUCGAGGAGAAGACGGUUAUGACUUUUGCAGAUGUGUUUGUGUAUUCCCCGUGUACGUGUGUGUGCAUGUUUUUCACGCGUGUGCGUCCCUCUCCCCAUCGUCGUCACAUAGCAACUGUCGUGAGGAGGAAAAGUUAAUUUAUGCAAAAAAGACAAUUUGAGGAGGUGGUGGGUGGCUUCCUAUCUGGGAUAGAGACAAAGAUUGCGGUUUUUACGUCAAGCUUGCAAGGCAAGACUAAGAACUUUUUUGGGGGGGGGGGGGGGGGGGAGGGGGGGGGGGCUUUGUUUCCCGUGAAUGUCAAGCAGAAAAGCUUGAUUGGCAGGCACUUACCAGCCUUAUUUCUCACAAUGGAAGUUAACACAAAAAGGGUAUGCAGCACGCAUAAAAAAAUUAAGUUGAAACUUUCAAGAGAGGCGAGAAAACGUUGAAUGCAAGACCGCAAAAACGUAGGUAGAAAACCGCACUGAGCGGGUCUUCACAGUCCCAGAGAGUGGCAGAAAAUUUCUAGCUGAUAGAGGGCGCGAGAGUCGCACCAGCUGCAUCAGCAACAUGGCGGCGGCCUAGGAGCGUUUUCUGGAAAGGCGUAUAAAGUAAGAUUAAAGGGCUUGUGUGUUUGAACUUUCAGUAUUCUUUAGGAAUCCCAUCACUAAAAGCAUAUGAGAAAUGUGCUCUUUUAGAUUUUGAGGAAUAUCAAUAAGGCGUGGAUCAUUGAACUGAAGAGAAUGUGUCCAAUGUAUAAAGGUAAUUUUUUUUAUUGGGUUGGAGAAGUUGUAUGCCACCCACCAUCGUUUGAUAGUCAAUCUUGUACAUAGAAUACAAUUUUCUUUUUCCUGGAACUUGCCAAUCACUGAUGAACGGACAAAACGGGGUUUGUUCAUUUUUGUUACAAUGGCUGCCACAGGUUUGAUAUGCUAACUGCUGUUCUGUGAUGAAAACAGCAAAGGAGGAAAAAAAAGAAAACCCACACCAAAGCUUAGCACUCUCAUUUCUUUUUAAGUGUGUGUGCAGUGUGCAUACUAUCAAUUUACAGUUGUGCACGAAAUCAAGCAUUUAGGAAAGCAUGUGUAGCAUCAGCAUGACUGCGGUUUUGAAAGUUUUUUCUUCAAUGUUUUAGGAUCUUUUCAUUGUGGUUUGGAAGGUUCCGAGAGGUGGACGUAGUACUCAUUGUAAGUUAAGAUGAAUGUUUUGCACGAUUGGAACUGUGUUGCAGCACUAUUUUUUUUAAUUAUAAAUCACACUGUUAAUAAAAUGAAAUUGAACCCUUA